CUUGUUUUCUCUGUAAUUUUAGUAUAUUAACAGUGUUGGAUUUUAAUAACCGUAUGCCAGUUUUGGAAUCGCCUGUUUCUCGCAGACCUCACUAAUAAGGACGCUUUGAUAUUGCAAAAACUCGCGACGUGCAGCAGGUCAUUGCCAUUGAAAAUCACCUGAUUUGGGGGAAAAAAGAAGCUUUUAAUUUCCAUGCCAUGUCAAGCUUAACCCUGCCCCGUGGACCUCGGCUGGUUUGGCAGUGAGACGGACGCGUUUGAAAGAUGUCGGCGUGUGGCGACUUUGCUGAACACGUGUGGAAACCAGGCUCCUGUAAAAAUUGCUUUCACCCCCGCAAUGCCCACGGCUCCGGUGACAACACGGCUAACGUCAGAACCAGUACGGCGAGCGCUGAGGACGACGGUCUGACCUUCUCCUCCUACUACUGCAAGCCCACCAUUGCCGUCCGGCCAACCAUGAUGAACCCAGAGAAUUCUGACAUAUGGAUGGAUGUCAAUAUGAACACUGAGCCGGAUAUUCCGAAGAAUUUACCUGACAGAAUCAGCUUGACGAAACUGAUGGGCAUCUCCUCCUUCUCUAUGGACAGCAAUGGAUGCAGCACUGUGCUGAAAGAGGCCGUCCUUGCCGGCACUGCAGAAAACGGCACCGGAGAUGGCUACCCCCAACGGAUCACCGGGAAAAGCAAGAUCACUUGUCUGAGAAACGGCUCACGCCAACCAAGAGAUUCUGCCCAGAGGCUACAUGUGAGAACAAACAGCGAUGCCUAUAAUGAUAAUAUUUCUGAAGGCCAAUCAACACAGGAGCAGAACGGACCUCUGGAACCGACUAACAGUGUUAUUUCUCAUGCCCCAAAAAAGACUCUACAUGAGUCAUCAUGCACUUCCUCGUUUUCCAGCUUCAUUCCGGACUCUGCCUUGCCGAUCAGUCGUCCUUGUGGCCGAUCUUCUUCCUUCCUGUCUGAGCCAACCAGCCUAUCAGAUUCCAGCUCUUACCGAAGCAGCACAGACUCACUCACGUGUUCACAGGGACUGGAUGUUUUUCGACAGUCUGUAUCAGAGAGCCGCCAAAAUUUGGCGUCUCCAGACAGUUCGUGGUCGUACAAAGGAAGCGGGUCGGCGAGCGCCGAGCCGAUUUAUGCAGAGAGUACGAAAAGGAAGAGGGCGCCACUGGGUAACAGGCAGACCCAGCAGAGCCCAGUGGAGGUGACUGGAGAAGCCCAGAGGGCUAAGAUCACAGUCAUGGCCCACACGGAGGAGAGCAAUUGCACAUUCUACCUAAGUAGCCCCGAUUCAGCUGUGAGCACUGAGUGGCCGCACUUCAGCCCAAACUCCAUCAAGGACCCCAGCGGUCUGUCCUUUAAGUGGCCUUCAAGCUGUGGCAGCACACAGCUGGCUGUGCCUUCUACCCAAGCCAAGCCUCAAGCUAGUCCUCCCAUUCCUCCCAAGAGGAUUUCAAACUCCCCAAAACUGGGGACUUCCAGUCUGGGUUCCCUUCAUCCCUCAGAAGUGCAGUCCUGUGUUAACGCGAACGCAACGUCUUCUACAGCUACUCUGGAAAAGCUCCAGGAAAAUGCUGCGAGUUCUUCGCCCACUUUGGUCUGCUCGGAGCGGAGACACAAGCUGUACAACACACACUGGAACUGGAAGACUCGUAUCGAGGAGGAGGAGGAAGGAGGCGAGGGCACCGUGCCUCAGAGCAUCAUCAAUGAGGCUGCUGUGUCGCAGACAGGGGCCUGGAGCCCCGUGGUACCCGGCGGGGAGAUCUUGCUGCCAGGCACAGCCGACAAUGGUGCCAGUCAGCAGCACCAGGGCAGCGCCGUGGAGAACGACAGCCAGAGGCGGAAAAUGCUGUCACAGGUCGCGUCAGCCGCUUCAGAUCUAUCAGCGGGGCUCAGUGAGAACCAUGAUCCCUCUCCCUCUCCACCUCCACCUCCACCUAAGAAACACCACAGGUCAUCCAGUAAGAUGAGUCAGAGCAGCUUUGACUCAGAGAGAGCCAGUCGUCAGGGGUCCAUGGAGAGCCUGACCCAGUCUCUGAGGGCACUGAGCGGCAGCUUGGCCUCGGCGUCCUCUGACAGCCUGCACUGUGACUCCAAGGUUUUUCCUGAUGGGGGCUACCAGGACUCUCCAAACAGUCCCCUGACCUCCUCCCCAGUGUCCCUACAUCCGGACCCUUUCCCUGGCCUGGUUCUGGAUCAGAUUCAGCCACCGCCACUUCCUGAGAAGAAGCUGCUGAGUCGCGCCGCAUCAGCACCUGGCGGUCCGAGCGGCAAGCCCGUUCCCCGGGGACGCCCACGCUUCCCAUUUGGAGGUUCCGAGACCAACGUUGCCCAUCCCGAACGAGCCCAGUCUAGUCAACCCUCGAGUCCAAUUGAUCCACGGCACCAGUAUUCCUCCAGCGAGUCCCUGGAGUGCUACCCGUCGGCGCUCAAUCGCUCCCAGACCUUGGAUGAGCCACCCACUAGAGGACGGAGCCGGUUUGGGGGUUAUCUACGUGGGGGUGUGACCUCGUCAUCGUCCCCUCAGCUGAGCCUCCCCCACCACUCCCACUCUGCUGGCUCCAGUUUGCACCUGCAGACUCUACUCAGCAACAUUGACAGCCGCGAGGGCAUCUACUCAAAGUUGGGCGGUCUCUAUGCGGAGUCGCUCCGCCGUCUGGCUCUCAAGUGUGAAGAGCACUUCACCCGAAGCCAGAGAAACCCGCUGCACUUCGACGAAAGCAACUGGUCCCUGUUUAAACUCACCUGUAACAAACCCUGCUGUGAUGCAGGUGAUGCUGUGUACUACUCAGCCUCCUGUGCAUCUGACCCCAAGACCUCCUACGCCGUUAAGAUCUGUAAGAGUCAGACUCCAGACAGCAAACAGGGCGACAUCUAUGGCUUGUCGGUGCAGAAGAGCAUGCCGCCGCAUUUCAACCUGCAGCAGGACUGCGGGCACUUCAUUGCAUGCGUGCCGCAGAGCAUGCUGCUGCAGGAUGCGGAGCCCAGGUCCCCGGGACCGGGCGGCCAGGAGCGUGUGGUGGUGAUCACGCGGGAGGUGCCCCGGCAGACCGCUGCCGAUUUCGUCCGCGGGUGGGCCGACUUCCACCGGGUGCAGCCGGAGACCUACGAGCGGCGCGUCUGCUUCCUGCUGCUGCAGCUGUGCAACGGCCUGGAGCACCUGAAGGAGCACGGCGUGAGCCACCGCGACCUGUGCCUGGAGAACCUGCUCCUGGUGCCUGGCCGGUCGCUGGAACCCGGCGCCGAGCAGACCCACCUGCCCCGCCUGCUCAUCAGCAGCUUCGCCAAGUCCAAGCAGCGCAACGCCGCCGACGCCACCGCCGCCGACCCGCGCCUCAGGAAGGACCACGCCCGCCUGGCCCCCGAGAUCGUGUCGGCCUCCCAGUACCGCAAGUUCGACGAGUUCCAGACGGGCAUCCUGAUCUAUGAGCUGCUGCACCAGCCCAACCCCUUCGAGAUGAACCCCGAGCUGAAGCAUCAGGACUAUCGCUGCGAGGAGUUACCUCCCAUCCCGCCCGUGUCCAUCUACUCGCCGGGCCUGCAGAGACUGGCGCACCUGCUCCUGCAGCCCGAUCCUAUCAAACGGAUCCCCAUCCAGGAGGCGAAGCGAGUGCUGCAGUGUCUGCUCUGGGGGCCACGCCGGGACCUCAUGGAGCAGCAGUGGGACCGGCCCGGGGGCUUGGCCCGCCACGACGGGCUGCUCAACUGGCUGGAUGUGAAGCGCGCCCUGCUGAUGAUGAAGUUCGCCGAGCGCUCGCUGGAGCCCGAACGGACCGCCGAGCUGGAGGACUGGCUGUGUUGCCAGUACUUCUCCAGCGCCCACCCACUGUCCCUCUGCCACACCGCAGGGCAGCUGUACUCCCGCAAGUAACAGGCGGCUCGCUUCUGCCGCGUCCCACUCCCAGCGCGUCCGUCCCGCUGCCGAGCUACGCGUGAUCAUGGCUACCGAUAUUUAGCCUCUCUGGUAUUCCUAGAUGAACGGAAGCCGGCCAUCACUGGCUGGCUCUUAAACGAAGAAACGGGGAGUGCGUGAACAAAGAUUAAAGAGGUUCAUGGCACUGCCAAGAAUGGAGCAGUACAAUUAUCUAUUGUUCUCCGAGAUCAGACUUCUUGCUUAACAUGGACCUCAGUAUUAAAGGCAGAAAUGUACACUGUUGAUAUCCUAGCGUGCGAUGUUACCUGAUAUGCCUGAACGGAAGAGCAAAGCUGGGGUUUGGAAAUCAUUAACCAUCCUGCCAUACAAGUAUUUUUUAUUACUUUGUAUUUAAUCUUAUGAGGAAAUAUUAAAUCAAUUGCCCAAACAAGUGCUUUGUAAAAUAAUGACGUCCGGCCUUGUUUUGGGGACAAGAAAACAUUUGGUACUGUAAAUUAUGUGUAGCUGACAAAAAAAUUAAACAUCUAGGUUUAUGAUUCAUAGAUCAAACAGAAAUAUAUUGUACUAAUACCCAAAUAUUCUUGAGUAUGACCCAUAUUUGUACAUAUACUUAUGUCGUAGGUUUCCAUCUGUACACAUCUUUAGCAGUUCACAUAUAUAAACUAGUCAGAACCAAAAAUUACAAUGAGCAUGUCUUUUCCUCCACUGUCCACUUGUCUAAUUUGGUUACUUAUAGACCAUUAUUGAAAAACAUAAUGACAUUGCACUAACCAGUAUUUAUCAUAUUUGCCAUACAGUUAUGUGAAUGAAAGAAAAAAAUUAAUGUGAAAAUACGGUAACUUCUUAACACAUUUCCAGGGAAAUUUAAAGAAUAUAUUACAGUUAUUUUGUAUUUUGAAAGCAUGUGUCCUCUGUGAAAUGCUUGGUGUGCAUAAGCGUUAAGAUGUUACAGCCAGUUUAAACAAAUCAGUCAUCCACUGAACCAACCAAAGCACUUUGGUCUGUGAAUUAGCCCAUGUGACGUCCAUCGCUAGAGAAUGAGGACAGAGCUUCGCUAAAACUAGAGAGCUUAGUGCCACUCUGCUUGGGCCACUUGCAUCUUGCUUUUCGUUAUUGACUUUAUAAAGCUACAGUGCCUUCAGUUACUCCUGCAUUUUUAAGCAGCUAAUGAAUUCUAUAAAUACACAAUUUUCAUUUGAAUCCUUAUUGAUAUUUGUAUGUGAAACUGGGUUUUCAAGCAAGCCCUUGUAGAAUAAUUAAAUACUGAGCCAAGCAGGUCUAAAUUGCAAUGGAUCUGAUCCAUAAGAGAAUAUAUUUAUAGUUUUGACUAGUUUUAUUAAUUAGUUAUAUUUUUCCUGGAAUUCGUUUGAAAAUUUUGACAAAUGCCAAUCAGGAAUGUUUGUUCUGUCCUUGCUUUAUAUAUUUUGCUUGUGAACAGCUGUGUUGUCCAGGUUUGUUUCUAAUAAACAAUCACUGGCAAUGCUCUAGAGCUGGAUGACAUUUUUAAUAUAUUCCUUUUUUGUUAUUGACGCUAUUUUUGUCACUAUAUCUGUGAUGACGGCUUGUAUUUCUUUUUGUUGACUUAUUUAAUAACAUCUAAUAAAAUUGUAUAUAUGUUUUCACAUCAUGAA